GGGUGGGGUGAAAUGAGAAGAGGAUAAGGGAUAAAUACAUACAGCCGUGAGCCGUGGGCAUGGCAUUGGGGCUGCCGUUGCUGCGAGUGCCAUACGGUCCCAGAGCUCCGUUGAGCGUCACCUCAUCCUCUUCUUCCCAUCGUCGUCGUAGGCAACGCAUCUGUGUUGAAAUUAAGUCACAGCCCCAACCACAAGAAGAACCACCAGAUGACGAUGACGAUGGCGAUAAGCAGCAGAAGCAGAAGCAGAAUAUCGAUAGAAGUCCGCCCCAACAUUUAUUGAUGGAAAGGUAUCGGAAUGGGGGAGCAAAGAGAUAUAUAUUGGAUACUAACUCUGAGCUACAAGCUACUUGGGAGGAACAUGGCGCUGUACAAAAGGACAACUUCUCAGACUUAGCUUGGCUUCCACUUGUAAUUAGAGAAUUUAUUCUACCCGCAGGCUUUCCAGGAUCAGUUUCAGAUGAUUACCUGGGAUACAUGCUAUUGCAGUUCCCAACAAAUGUAACAGGAUGGAUAUGUCAUGCAUUGGUUACAUCCAGUCUUCUAAAGGCUGUAGGCAUAGGCUCGUUUACUGCUGCUGCCAUAAGAUGGGUGUCAAAAGAUGGUCUUGGAGCUAUUGGACGCCUGUUUAUUGGAGGGCGCUUUGGAAAACUGUUUGAUGAUGACCCAAAGCAAUGGCGGAUGUAUGCAGAUUUCAUUGGAAGUACAGGGAGUAUUUUUGAGCUCAGCACACAAUUGUAUCCAGCAUAUUUCCUGCCACUUGCAUCUUUAGGGAAUCUUGCUAAGGCUGUAGCAAGAGGCUUAAAAGAUCCGUCAUUUCGUGUGAUCCAAAACCAUUUUGCCAUCACUGGGAAUCUUGGAGAGGUUGCAGCAAAGGAGGAAGUGUGGGAAGUUACAGCACAGCUUCUGGGACUUGCAAUUGGUAUAUUGAUCAUGGAUACACCUGUGAUACAGACAUCAUAUGCAAAGCUAACAAUCACAUGGUUCAGCUUACGUAUACUGCACCUAUGGUUACGAUAUCAGUCACUUUCAGUUCUCAGAUUUCGCACAAUAAACCUUAAACGUGCCCGGUUACUUGUGAAAUCACAUGUUAUGCAUCAAAUGGUUCCUGGGUUUAUUGAAUGCAACAAGGAAGAAACUAUUUUGUCUUGGGAAAGGUUCCUGCAACCUAGAGUUAUUUAUGGUGUUUCCAUAGAGAAAAUGAUUGGUACGGAAGGUUCAAGCAAUACGGUCAAGGCACUGCUCAAGCUAUAUGCAAACCAAAAGUAUGUUCUGUUUGUGAAGCAAAAGGGAUCAGGCCCAGCUGAGUAUAGCGUCACUUUCAAGGUGGGGGCGACGAGCCUCUCAGUCUUGAAAAGCUUGUGGCAUGUGCAUUGGCUUCAUGAGAAUCCUAAUGAAGAGGCAACUUGCAUCCUAAGCAGGCUGGGGGAGAGCCUACAGAAACUGGAGAAAGGAUUUCCGGAAUUUCUUCAACAGUUGGAAAGAGCUGGAUGGAAGAAACACCAGAUCAUCCUCAAUGUGCCAAAGAAUAUCCUUUUCCACGAAGUAGAACUAUCUAUGAAUCUUGAUGACAAUGUAGAUGAGUUAUAAAUCCUUGCUCUUCACAUUUAAUGUUCAUUUUUUGAGAUUGUUGCCAUUCUUUCUUGCAAUUUAUAACACAUCUUGCAAACU